AUGCGCUGCGCAUCACGGCCGCUCGUGCUAUGCGCACUUCCUCUGCGUGCACAGCGUUGUCAGCACAGCACCCCUGCGCCGGCGCCUGGAGAAUCGCCUUCAAAAGCAGCCCCAAAUGCCGAGGUGCGUGUGUCAACGGCGCCACCACCGACAACCUCGUCAUCGGCGGCACCUUCGGACUCUGCCACGGACCAGCACAGAGGCGCCGAUGUCCCCCAUCGAUCGCUCCAUCCUCGAGUCAAGCUGCGUGCCACAACGCAGGAGCGCCCUUACAAGCGGAGAGGGUUUGUAGCCUUCGAAGAGGCAGAGACGGGCGACGAGCAGCGGCCUCCCUUAGAGGACGGCUCUGCGCAAGUAAUCGCCCACUUCCCCACAGCUGCUGAGACGGGUGGCGCCGCCAUCCUCCCAGGCCAUCCGCGCUCCCACGCGCAAACGUCGCUCGCCACGCAGGAAGGCGGUUGCGGUCAGCUGAGUGACGCAGUGGAAGGAAACGAGGUUCAACAGUUCCUCGACGAGGUGCAGCGGCAGGUCGACGUUGCCCGGCACGCGCGCAACGAAGCCAUCCCAUUCCCCCAAAAGCCGGAGGCGAACAGCCCGUCGUUUCGCCGCAUCAAGUGGCACGCAAAAAUGAAGAUUGAGGUGCCCGACCCUGAUUACCCCACAUUUGCCCGCAAGGACCAAGUGAUGCAGCUGCCCCCAGCGCAGGAGCAUCCGUGGGUGCGCAAGAACACCCCGAUCGGUCCCUUUAUCGUUCACGGGGACGGGCAAAUCCACCAGACGGGCGGGACAGGGCAGGUCGACUUCGACGAUAGCUCGGUGAAUGAGAAGCUGCCGCAGUCGUACCGUGGGCUGCAGCAUCGGUCGACGCUGCAGCGGCAGCUCCCGCAGGACAACGGUCGCGUGCUUCAGGAGGCUGUCAUUAAGCACAGCUUCACGCUGACCGGGCGAGGCGUCUUCGCGACGCGGCGCAUUGCGAAGGGAGAGACAAUCAUGAUUGUCCAGAGCACCGCGCGCAACGUUGGUGUGAAGGGCGAACUGCAGCGACUGGAGGAGAUGUGCACAGAUAUCCUCAUCGCCUGCCGCGACGGCGACACGCGUGCGUGCGACUACCUGCACGACUGGAUUCUGACUGGGCAGCCCUCCUCAUUACUGGAGCACUGGCCUACCGCAAGCACGUCGCGCGUGAUGGACGCGAUUGGCGGGGCGGACGUGCUUCGCGCGCUAGAGCUGCACCCCAUCCACAUCGCGCGCAUGGCUGCCAUUAUCGACCUGAACAGUUUCCUUGUUGAGAGCAGCUUUUCGGAGCGCAAGGGCAUGGCCUAUUUUCCCGAGGCUGGCUUCCUGAAUCACAGCUGCGCGCCGAACGCGACGUACAACAUUAUGCCGGUGCACGUCUUUCGCGACACGGACUACUACCUGGAUGAGGCAACAAGGGUAACCGCGGCAGAGAGUGGGGAAGAAGAGGAUGUACAGGGUACCGCCAUGGCUGCUGACGACGCCGGCACGAGUUCCACGGCCGCCACAUGCCCCGCGCGCGCAGCACAGCGGCCGGCGGAAGUGGGAAACGUCUCGUCCAGCCAGGUUUCGGUUCGUGACGGCGUGCCACAAGGACAACGUCACGUGGCGUUCUUUGGCCGCGAGGAUCGCCUCGCGGCCUACCCGGACCUCACCGAGGCCGACGCCCCGGUGUAUCUCUUCUGCUGCCGGGCCGAGAAGAAGAUCGAGGCCGGGGAGGAGAUCGUCAUCAGCUACGUGCCCCCGCAGUGGUCCUUCGACAACCGGCAGUACGUCCUGCACGACCGCUAUCGGUUUUGGUGCAAGUGCCCCAAGUGUUCACCCGUGCUCGACAAGAAAUACGCGCGGGUGCCAAAGAUGAUUGUCGCGAUGGUGUUGGUAAGCAUCGUGCUUCAGAUCAUGGUCUUUCGGCAGCGCAGCCUCAAAAAUGCAGUGGACAAGGGCUACGAGCAGCUGGCGGCCAUGUCGGAAGAGGAGCGACUGGAAGAACUGCGUGCGUGCGGCAUCGACGUGGAGGAGAUCACAGCGAACGCUGUCGAGCGACGCAAGCAGCGGCGCGUCGGGCUGUUUGAGAUGCUCGAGGAGGACCGACUGAACCGCCUGUACGAGCCGGAGAACCGUGGUCCGAUGAACAUUGUCAACCUCAUGGACGCGCACGCAAAGCCCCCACGGUAG